UCCUGCCUCGUGAACCGGCAGCAUGGAGUGCUUUGAACUUUCUUGGAACUAUGAAUAAUAGAGGAUGCAUGACAUAUUGGCUCAAUAUAAUCCAGAAUCUUGUCGACACAAAGCUGCCUUAUCUCGUAACCAUCGAUCCUCCUCACACACCAGAUCAUACAUUGCUUAAGUGGACAACAUGCCACCUAGUCCCCUCAGUUGCUGCAUCAAAAGCUUCACGGGAGCUAGAUCAAAUCCAAGGGAAGAGAGGAAUAUGGUUUUGUGGAGCAUAUCAAGGCUAUGGCUUCCAUGAGGACGAACUAAAGGCGGGUGUGGCUGCUGCAGAUGACAUACUUAGAAGGAAAUGUACCAUCCUGGACAAUCCCAAGCACAUGGUACCAACCUGGCCUGAAACAGGAGCACGCCUCCUCGUUACUAGAUUUCUCAAAAGUUUCAUUGCAACUGGAUGCAUAAUCUUGUUGGAAGAUGGAGGUACAAUAUUCACCUUCCAAGUAACAGACAGGAAAUGCACUCUCAAAGUUUCUCUUAGAGUUCAUAGUACACAGUUUUACUGGAAGGUUGCAACUCAAGGUGACUUAGGCCUUGCUGAUGCUUUUAUUCAUGGGGAUUUCUCUUUUGUUGACAAGAAUGAAGGUCUUCUUAAUCUUUUCAUGAUAUUUGUUGCCAACAGAGAUUUGAAAGCAUCAGUCACAAGGUCUAGCAACAAAAGAGGCUGGUGGACACCACUGCUUUCUACAGCAGCGUUAUCAUCUGCAAAAUAUUUCAUUCAACAUGUCUCAAAUCAAAACACCCUGACAAAGGCUCGACGGAAUAUCUCUCGCCAUUAUGACCUGAGUAAUGAACUCUUCUCACUCUUUUUGGAUGAGACAAUGACAUACUCCUGUGCUAUAUUCAAGAGUGAGGAUGAAGACCUGAAAACUGCACAACUUAGAAAGAUUUCUCUUCUCAUCAAAAAGGCAAAAAUUAGCAAGGAACAUCACAUUUUAGAGAUUGGAUUUGGUUGGGGAAGUUUGGCUGUGGAAGUUGUUAAGCAAACAGGAUGUAAAUACACUGGUGUAACUCUCUCUGAGCAGCAACUUACGUAUGCACAGUUGAUAGUUGAACAAGCAGGCCUUCAGGAUCAAAUAACAUUUCUCCUAUGUGACUAUCGCCAAAUGCCAAAUAAGGACAAAUAUGACAGGAUUAUAUCAUGCGGGAUGUUAGAACAUGUUGGUCAUGAUUUCAUGGGGGAAUUCUUUUCUUGCUGUGAAUCUGCACUGGCAGAAGACGGGCUUCUAGUUGUACAGUUCAUUUCAAUACCAGACGAGAGGUAUGACGAAUACAGGCAGAGCUCAGACUUCAUAAAAGAGUAUAUAUUCCCAGGUGGAUGCUUGCCUGCACUAAAUCGAGUAACAUCAGCUAUGGCUGCAGCAUCCAGACUAUGGUAACAAAGAUUUCAUUUUGUGAUUUUGCACUAGCAUGCUGUCACAUUUUGUUGAUGUUGUUACUACUUGCGGCCAGUGCUUUUUUCAUCUACUCUCUAGCCGAGGGUCUAUAGGAAACAACCCUCUACCCUUCCAGGAUAGAGGUAAAGUCUGCGUGCACACAAGGGCGAAUGUAACACGUACAUUACGGUUUCAAGUGAAUCCAUA